CAAGGGCCGAGGCCGCCGCGGCGGCGGCGGCAAGCGCGGUGCAGCGGCCUCCGAUGGCGCAGCAGGAGGCACGGCAGCAGCAGGAGGAGGGGUUGGAGGUGGGGAUGCUGCUGGCGUGUGUGAGCACAUGCGGGGCAAACGGCGGGGUCGGGGCAAGCAACGAUGUGAGAUCUGCGAAGCCAAUCUGGCCCCUCGAGCUGACCCCGAGCAGGUCGGCCCCCAGGACCAGCAGCAGCCCUCCCCCUCCUCCACCUACUGCGGCGCCACGCUAGUGGUGUGUCCGCUGGUGGCACUCAUCCAGUGGCGCGGGGAGAUCGCGAGGUUCACCGCACCGGGGGCACUCAAGGUGGUGGUCUACCAUGGAGGCAGGCGGGGGCAGGUUGCCGGCGGCUCCGAGGGGGCGGCACUGCGGGAGGCGGAUGUGGUGCUCACCACCUACAGCGUGGUGGAGAGCGAGUACCGCAGGUGCAUGCUCCCAGACAAGGUGCAGUGCAGCUACUGUGGCAAGCGCUUCUACCCGGAGAGGCUCAAGGUUCACCUUAGGUUCUUCUGCGGCCCCAACGCCGUCAAGUCCGAGGCCCUGGCACGGCAGCAGAGGAAGGAUAAGAAGACAAAGAAGCAAUCACCGGGCGGCGGCGGCGGCAGUGGUGGUGGCGGCAGUGGUGGCGGCAAGAACGGUAACGGCAAGCGGCCGCGGCUGACGGGGCUGCGGUCCAUGUUUGCGCCAGUGCCGACGGCUGAAGAUGAGGACGAUGAGGAGGCCUGCGGUGGCGGUGGUGGUGGCGGCACCCAGGCGGUAGGCAGCGGCAGCGGUGCAGGUCCCAGCUCUGCUGCAGCGGCAGCGGCGGCAGCGGCCCCCAGCAAGCGGCGGAAGACGGGUGGCGGCGGCGGCGCCACUGCCGCUGCAGCGGCUGACGGCGGCGGCAGUGAGGAUGAAGAUGAGGGUGGCGAGGGCAGCGACGAUGACGGCGGAGACCGGGGGUUGAUGUCAGCUGAGGCGGCUGCCUGGUCCAAGGCUGCUCGUGCCGCCUCCGCCGCCGCCGCGGCUAAGAGGAAG